AUGGCGCCGUCUAUGAGACAUCAUACUUUGACACUACGGAAUCGCCGCGCAAUGGCAAGCGUGCCCGUAUCUGGUUCCACAACACCAAAUUCAUCCACCUACCCCUCGGCGUACCCAUCUGAUGCUGAAGAUAUCACUCUCGCCGCUCGCAAACUUAAACAACCAUUUCCGUUUCUCUCUCUGCCCUCCGAACUACGAACUAAGAUUUAUGCCCUCAUAUUCGCCCCUUUCCCCUCAAUUAUCGACCUCGACCCUACAACAUUUUCCAUCAUUCAUCGUCAAAAACUCCUCUCUCUAUUCUCUGUCUGCAAACAAAUUUACAAUGAAUCAUCGCACCACUUCUUCUCAACCUAUACUUUCCGUAUCUUCCCUGUCCAUCCAGGUCGCUAUUUCAAGACAAAGAAACCAUUACUCGCGCGUCUGCCAGCCCAAUAUCGCAAUUCCAUCACUACACUUGAACUUCGACUAGGUCCAGGCUGGAAUAGUCCUCCCAGAGGUUGGAUUGUAUCACCUCUACUUGGACUUUCUGAUUGCACAUCCGUUCGUGUUCUAAAAAUAUUUGUGGAAUGCGACCCCUCCGACGCUAUAUUCAAAGGGUUCAGAGCGGGCGAUGGAUUUUAUGAAGGAUUUUGCCAGGAACUAUUAGAAGGAAUAUUUAGGGAUGUAAAGGGAAUACAAACUGUUGAAUUUGAUGCAUUCCCUGGUGUGCAGAGGACUGGAGAUAUGAUGAAUGGAUUACGAGAGGUAGUAGAAAGACAUAAGAAAGUUGUGGGGUGGGGUCCUGAGAGGGGUUGGGGAGUAGAGAAGCCCGGAGAAGUUAAAGAAAGAAUUUGGUUAGAUGCUGUGCUUGUUCAUGGAGUUGGAAGAGCGAGAGUUAUUCCGGCGGGAGUGGAGGCUAUUGUGGCCUUGGCCUGA